AUGGUGGAGCCUAGAGAGGGAGGAGUCGUGAACAAGAACGGCCACGGGCCAGCGGCUCGAUAUUGUUGGACUGUUAAAAAGAGUCGAGUGUACCACCGGCCCUCUCCAAAUCCUCCGAUGCAAGCGUUGCGAUCAUCUGCCGUGAUCAGGAGAGGAUGUGGAGAUAGCAGUGUCCGGGCUCGAGUUGGGGAGAAUCGAGUGACGACGACGAUAGCCGGCUAUGGAAAACUAUAAAAGGUGUAAAAAGCGAUGGCGGCGGUGUCGGAUCCAUAAUUGACCUAAACAAGGAGAUAACCAGACUGGCAGAGUGGCAGAGCCGGACGUAUAGGUCUAGACUAAGAAGAGUAAUCCGGUCUCGCGUUGAGAAUUCCAUAGGAUAAUAUUCAAUCGUUUCUCCCUGGAUUUCUCCCUGGAAGGAAGGACAAGAGGAUCAAACUCGAGCACAGCCCAAGACCAUCAUAAUCCACACCCAAAAGUGACAGGUUCCCGGUCGACCUGCGGGGAAUAAAACAGAACGAGAGCCUCGGAACCAGGCCCACCUUUCCAGAGCCUCAUUCUUCUUUCUCCCCGUGCGCAAUUUCGAGUCUCUGGUGUUUUCUCUUCUUUUCUCUCUCGCUUUUUUCCUACUGCUUCCUCAUUUUCUCCGCCCUCUCUCCUCUUAGUCUUGCCGAGCUUUUCCCCUCCCCUUGAGAAACCUGAUCGGAUCCCCGAAUUCCCCGUUGCAGACCUUUUUUUUUUUUUGUUUUUUUGCGGCUUUUGCUGGCUUUUUCUCAAUCGCGCCGCAUCCUCAUCGGCCCGUGCUCUGCGUGUUGCUGCUCCCCUAAUCGCGCUUAGCUCAUUAGUCUUGCACCGUCCCCUCCCCCUCCUUCAUUUCCAGAGCCUCUUGCCCUCCCCUUUGGGCCUUCUCUCUCUUUUUCUCGACUCUUCUCGGUGAUAUCAUUUCGAAUGGCCGUGGAUCCGUUGAACGGGUCCCGUUGAGCCUCAUCCUUCAACCGCUUUCCUUUCCCUCGUGUCCCCCUUCCCCUCUUCCCGGGCCGGCCCAAGUGCCCUCCCCCCCUCUCUCCAAGAGUAAGUUUUCCCUCACUUGCUUCUUCCCCUCUUCCCUUUUCACCUCCCAUGGACCUUCGGGUUCCCUUUCUUGUAUUUUUCCUCCCUCUCGAGGAGUUCAGAUCAGAUCAGAUCAGAUCCGGGUCUAGAUCUGGCCAGGUCGAGAAACCCUCGGGCUGGGUCACUCGCUAGUGUCGGUGGAGAGCUCUCGUUUGGGUCCGUUCUGUCGCGUCCGCCUGGGUUAGAUCCCGAGCCCGCGCAGAGCCUCAACCUUGGUCAAUCUUGGGUCUUGGGUCCAACCUCUUCUCUUACCCGGACCACCACGCAUGCAUCUUUUCUUUCUCGAGUCAAUGGUUCCAUCUGGUCAUCGGUGAAAUCCCUGCAACAUCUCAAGCUAACGUUCCAGGUAGAGUAAGAGAGAGAGAGAGAGAGAGAACGCCUCCCAACAGACUACUACUGCCCGUUCAUUCUACUAUCUCACCGCUGAUGGUGCAUGCCGGUCGAUCUGUUGUUCUAUAUCACCGCGACGAGUUCUCCUCGAUAGCGCCAUCCUUAGCUGCACAGAGGCAAUCGGGCGUGCUCUAUGCAUCGCUCGACUCGCCAUGACGUCCGACAUCUAUGACUCGGACGACGCCAUGGGGCUGUCCCCACCGCCCAAGCCGGUCAAGCCCAAGUACGGGCCAGACGAGCCUCCUCCACCACCAUUCGUGACCGUCAAUCAAGAGGACCACGCGAAACCCACCGUCAAAGAUCCUAAGGGAACACUCGACCGUUCCCGGCCAGGCUGUUUGGAGGUCGCGGCGCAUGCUCGUGAUCAUCCGUACUCGGACUGGUCGCCUAAGCAAGGUCGGGGGCCCGUGGAUUGGAAUGCACCCCCACCCCCGUCACGGAAAGAGGAUGGACCUGGCCCGAAGGAAGGGAUUCAAUUGGGAGGGUGGGAUAAACUCGGAGGAGGUUCGGGUGGUGGCAGUGGGAGUGGAAUGGGAGUGCAAAAACCGCCAAUUCCAAUACCAACGCCAAAGCCAGCACCAACACCAGCCCUUAUAUCGAAACCGAUUGCUGGACCGGGUUCCACGGCAGAAGAGGAGGCCAAGUUCAAGUCCAUGGUGGAGCAAGGAGUACCGCGAUUGAAAGUCGACGAGAAAGCAGACCGCCAUACCUCGUUAUCACCGCAUAUGAAACCCUUACCCCCGGUCCUCCCUCCGCCUGCGCCGCCAUCCGAUUUUAAAAGUGAGUUCGUCUCACCACGACAGCGUCCGCGCUUGCAGUCCAUUACAGAAUUCCCUCCCGUACGGCCCUCGCCCGAUCUGCUCAAACGAUCUCCCGAGCUAGGUCAUCGUGUCUCGUUGCCAUCUCUGCAAUCUCUAUCCCCUCCAUCCUCUACGGCAGACGCAUCUCCCGACUCGGCCAGCUGCAACCCAAACACCAAAACCCUGCCUUCCAUUCAAUCCGCGCUCGGUGGGUUUUCCCCCAGCGAGUUUCCUCCUACUCGACUCAAUGCGCUACCUCCACCAUAUCCUUACUCGUCCUGUCCGGGGUCUGCGACCUCGGCAGAUUCCCCGCAUGAUCGUCAACUCCCACGGCAUUUCCUGCCAUCACAUAUCCCUCCCAGUCCGUUCUCCCACCUCUCCCCAAUCAGCGCCAAGGAACACUCCAACAAUCCAUCUCCCGCAUCACAACCCUCCUCUGCAUUCUGGCGUGGCCCUCCCCCACCCCCACCGCCUCCACCCCAGCCAGCGGCCGACACCCCGCACCAUAUACCGUCACCAUACGACACAUCCCCCAUGACGGCUACAAGCCCCCUCUCGAGUUAUCCCACGCCGACAGAAGCUCCCACGCCGGGGUCUAGUGAACGAACACCCUUAAGUUCAACCGUGCCACUGAACGGUGCCGGAGCGACGGGAAGCUAUAAAUGCACACAUCCCGGGUGUACCGCAGCGCCAUUCCAGACUCAGUAUUUGCUCAAUUCUCAUGCAAAUGUGCACUCGCAAGACCGGCCUCACUUCUGCCCUGUGGAUGGCUGUCCUCGUGGGUUGGGCGGGAAAGGGUUCAAGCGCAAGAAUGAGAUGAUGCGACAUGGCCUGGUGCAUAAUUCACCGGGUUAUGUAUGUCCCUUCUGUCCGGAUCAGCAGCAUAAAUAUCCUCGGCCGGACAAUCUUCAACGACAUGUCCGUGUUCACCAUGUGGAUAAAAGUAAAGAUGAUCCUAUCCUCCGUCAAGUCCUUGCACAGCGCCCGAUUGGGAGUACACGAGGACGACGACGAAGGUCCAAUUUUGCUUGAUCAUCUAACCUAUCUUGGGUUCUGAAAAUUCCUCCGACAACAGGUCCCUUGACGAGGGUAUAUAACAUGCGUUAAGUGAUAUCAAUGGCCGUCCCGACUGCCUCUGCUGCGUCACGUCUAUCUGCAACAACCCCCAUCUUGUCUGACCCUCUGGACUGGGGAAGGACACAACCUAUAUUUACGCGUAACGAAUUUCCAUCUCUGAUACCUGCUUGGAGCUCUAUUUUCUAUUCACAUCGCCCGUUUCUGUUCGACAUUUCUCUAUGCGCAGCGUAGCACGGUUUUCCCUUAACUGGGUUCAUUUCUAUUUUUCUUCAUUUUCGAUGAUACCACAUGUUACCCCUGUUAGAAGCAUGAUGAUACACGGGCCAUUCGUUUCUAUCUGUCUUACCAACCUUUUUUUUCUUGUUCAAACUACCGCAUAGUCGU